UCCCGUUUCAGUACGACACUUCCUGGUGUGGCCCAUGUUCCUUUCCUGACAGCCGCCGUCGUUCAGGAGCGGAGACCGUUGAUAGUUGCAGUUAUGUCGGCAGCUGCUUCGGGAACCAGCAAGGCGGCCCACGGCGAUGUGGCUGCGAAGAGAAAGAAGGGACCCGGUGCCCUGGCCACGGCAUAUCUCGUCAUUUACAACGUUGUUAUGACAGCGGGGUGGCUGGUGAUAGCUGUGGGUUUGGUUCGAGCUUACCUGGCCAGAGGAAGCUACCAUGGGCUGUAUUACUCCAUAGAGAAACCUCUGAAGUUCUUUCAGACUGGAGCUGUUCUCGAGAUACUGCACUGUGCUGUAGGAAUCGUACCAUCCUCUGUGGUCCUGACUGGAUUCCAGGUCAUGUCCCGGGUCUUCCUCACGUGGGCUGUCACGCACAGUGUCAGAGAGGUUCAAAGUGAGGACAGUGUGCUGCUGUUUGUCACAGCCUGGACUGUCACAGAGAUCAUCCGCUACUCCUUCUACACCUUCAGCCUGCUCAAUCACCUGCCAUACCUCAUCAAAUGGGCUAGGUACACCUUCUUCAUCGUGUUGUAUCCCAUGGGAGUGACUGGGGAACUGCUGACUAUCUAUGCAGCGCUGCCAUACGUGCAGAAGACAGGCCUGUACUCUGUUACCUUACCCAACAAGUACAACUUCUCUUUCGACUACUACACCUUCCUCAUCCUCAUCAUGAUUUCCUACAUUCCCCUCUUUCCCCAGCUCUACUUCCACAUGAUCCGGCAGAGGAAGAAGGUGCUGGGUCACAUAGAGGACUACGGCAAAGUGGAGUGAGCCCAGCGGCAUUCAGCAAGAUUCAAACGAGGGGGGAGAAAAUGAAAAAAGAAACCAAAACAUCAAAUAAACGAGGAACAAAAUUACGCUUAUUGGAAACCCGACCAGGUUUAAACUGCCAGAACUGACCUGGCAGACGGUCCAAUUAUCAAGUAACUUUCUUUAAUACAGCCGUUGUUUUGGUUGUACACAAAGAACUGGUGUUAUCUUUUUGUUUUGUUUUUUCUCUUUUAUAUUAUUCAUGAACAAACUUACAGAGCUACUUUUGUUUAGUCAGAGAGCUUGCAGCUGUGAAGGAUCUGUAUUUUGACUUGGGUACAGUUGAGCAGCUGUCUGAGCAGUGAGCAGAGCUCACUGCUCAGACAGUGAAGCUUGAUUCGAAUUAUACAGUGAUAUAAUUCAUACCUCUCCCCGCUUCCCUUCCCCUCUUUUUAAAUGAAACUUAAAAAAAAAAAGUAGAGUAGAUUUGUUGCCUCCCCACGACUCGUUUUUUGGUUUCUUUUAAGACGCUUUGCUUUAGAAAGAACGAUGUGAAGUCUAAUACUGAAAAUUGGUGUCUGUAGGUUUUGCAGGUACAGUGUUCGUUGCUGCAAACUGUGGUCCAGAUGUUUGUGUUCUGUCAUUUAUUUUAUUUAAAAGUUUGAUUACAUUCCUGAUUUAGUUCAAUAAACCUUUCAUUCCAUGCUUGCA